CGUGGAAGUUCUUGCGCCUAAUUCAUGAAAACUUGGAAUUUUGCGUUCCUCAGUUUUCUUGUUUUUGCGGUAUUGUGUUUGAGUUUCGAUCAUGGCUCAUCUCAAUCGGAGGAGGCUAAAAAGAAUAAAUUUAGAGAGCGUGAGGCCACUGAUGAUGCUCUUGGUUACCCCAAUUUCGAUGAGGACGAGCUGUUGAAUACACAAUGCCCUCGGCAUUUGGAACUUAGGUGGCAAGCGGAAGUGAGUUCUAGCAUAUAUGCAACUCCGUUGGUUGCAGACAUUAACAGUGAUGGAAAACUUGAAGUCGUAGUUCCUUCGUUUGUGCAUUACUUGGAAGUCCUAGAAGGAUCUGAUGGAGAUAAAUUACCAGGAUGGCCAGCUUUUCAUCAGUCUACGGUCCACUCUAGUCCUCUUCUGUACGACAUUGAUAAGGACGGUGUCAGAGAAAUUGCUUUAGCCACCUACAAUGGUGAAGUGCUCUUUUUCAGGGUUUCAGGAUACAUGAUGUCAGAUAAACUGGAGAUUCCAAGGUUGAAAGUUAAAAAGGAUUGGCAUAUUGGUUUGCUUCCAGAUCCUGCUGAUCGUUCCCAUCCAGAUGUCGACGAUGCCCAAUUGAUCCAGGAUGCUCUUGUGGAGUCAUUACAUCAGCCCAAUGCAAGUACACUUGCAGAAAAUACUCUGCACUCCACAGCAAGUCACCAUGACUUGUCAAAUCCUAUCCCAGAAGAAGUUCAUCAUGACACAUUAAACAGCACAAUCUCUUCUGAUAUUCAAAACAGUCAGCUGAAUGGGAGCACACUAGCUGCAAAUACCUCCCACUCCACAGAGAGUGACCAUGACUCAUCUAAUUCCGUCCCAGAAGAAGUUCACCACGACACAUCAAACAGCACAACCUCUUCUGAAGACAAAAAGAAUGACAGUCCACUGGGUGCAGACAUCAAGAUGCCACCACAAACAAAUGAUACAUCUUCUGAUUCUGGAUCUGAGAAAGCUAGUGGUGAAGAAAGUGGAAAGACCGCAAGAAGAAGGCUUCUUGAGGUGAAAGAUACAAAAGACAAUGACGAUGUACAUGCUGCAACUGUAGAAAAUGAUGGAGGUCUGGAAGCAGAAGCUGAUUCUUCAUUUGAGUUGUUCAGAGAGACUGAUGAGUUGGGUGAUGAGUAUAACUAUGACUAUGAUGAUUAUGUUGAUGAGAACUUGUGGGGAGAGGAGGAAUGGACUGAAGCACAACAUGAGAAGUUGGAAGAUUAUGUUCACAUAGAUGCACAUGUCUUGUGCACUCCAGUCAUAGCAGACAUAGAUCACGAUGGUGUCUUUGAGAUGAUUGUUGCUGUUUCUUACUUCUUUGACCGCGAGUAUUAUGACAAUCCAGAACAUUUGAAGGAGCUUGGUGGUAUCGAUAUCGGAAAAUAUGUUGCUGGUGGCAUUGUGGUUUUCAACCUUGAUACAAAGCAAGUUAAAUGGAGUGCACAAUUGGAUAUGAGUGGCGAAUCUGGAAAAUUCCGAGCCUACGUAUAUUCUUCUCCUACAGUUGUUGAUUUGGAUGGUGAUGGAAACUUGGAUAUUCUAGUUGGCACUUCUUUUGGCUUGUUCUAUGUGUUGGACCACAAAGGCAAAGUUAGAGAGAAGUUUCCCCUUGAGAUGGCUGAAAUUCAAGGAGCAGUUGUUGCAGCCGACAUUAAUGAUGAUGGGAAAAUUGAAUUAGUUACAGCUGACGCCCAUGGAAAUGUUGCUGCGUGGACCCCACAAGGCAAAGAAAUUUGGGUAACACAUGUGAAGAGCCUUGUUCCACAGGGGCCCACCAUCGGAGAUGUAGAUGGGGACGGUCACACCGACGUUGUUGUGCCAACUCUAUCUGGAAACAUAUACGUUCUUAGUGGCAAGGAUGGAUCAAUUCUACGGCCAUAUCCUUAUAGAACACAUGGUAGAGUGAUGAAUCAAGUUCUUCUAGUCGACUUGAAAAAACGUGGGGAGAAGCAGAAGGGGCUCACGAUUGUUACUACAUCAUUUGACGGGUAUUUAUACCUCAUAGACGGGCCUACAUCAUGUGCUGAUGUCGUGGAUAUUGGAGAAACAGCAUAUAGCAUGGUUUUGGCUGACAAUAUAGAUGGUGGGGACGACCUUGAUCUUAUAGUUGCCACCAUGAAUGGAAAUGUCUUCUGUUUUUCAACCCCUUCGCCACACCAUCCUCUCAAGGCUUGGAGAUCACCAAAUCAAGGGAGAAAUAAUGCAGCACAUCGGCACAGUCGUCAAGGAAUUUAUGUCACUCCAUCAUCGCGCGCUUUCAGAGAUGAAGAAGGGAAGCACUUCUGGGUUGAAGUGGAGAUUGUGGAUAGAUACAGGUUUCCAUCUGGCUCCCAAGCACCUUAUAAUGUCACGAUAAGUUUGUUGGUUCCCGGUAAUUACCAAGGAGAGAGAACGAUAAGGCAAAACCAGAUCUUUGAUCGUCCUGGGACACAUCGGAUUAAACUUCCGACAGUAGGUGUAAGAACUGCUGGGACGGUAAUGGUGGAGAUGGUUGACAGGAAUGGAAUCUAUUUCUCAGAUGAUUUUUCACUUACAUUCCAUAUGUACUACUACAAACUGCUGAAGUGGCUUCUUGUCCUUCCAAUGCUCGGAAUGUUUGGUGUCCUCGUCAUCCUGCGCCCCCAAGAAGCCAUGCCGUUGCCGUCAUUCUCGCGGAACACUGAUUUGUGAAAAUAGAGUUUGAUAGGUGAAUAUCUGACACAUACUUGGCAUCAGCUACAGAGAAAGUCGAAGUGCAGUUUUGCAAGAAACUCUUGGGAGAGACCUAAUUGAUGAAAGUGGAUUAAGCGGCGAAAUUAUGUACAUGGAAUUUAAAUUAUCAAGAUGUUCCCUCUCAGAAGUUGCUGACUGAUUGAAUUGCCCUACUUGUGAGGAAAUACGAUCGUGUCAUUCAUUCUUUGUAAGGCAAUGCUGAGAAAAAUCUGAUCAUGGAAUUUUCGAAAUUGAUUCUAUUUCAUCUGUCUUUUCUCGUCC